UAACUGGCAUAAUGGAGAUUGAAGAUCUAGCAAGUUCAUCUGAUGGAAUGUCUGAUCUGGAAGUUACAUCAAAAGAGUUGAAUGAUGAAGAACUUCAAUAUACAUCUGGUUCUAUCCCCAAAUUGCAAUUCAAGAAAGAUACAUCUAAGGCUCAUUGGAAUGCAGAGAUGGGAAUGGCUGGGGUUAUUGAAAAGAAAGGCAAAAUGUGGAUAACAACAGGAAUAGUUCGAAGAGGAAAGCUCUACUAUACAAUUGAAGAAACCUUGUUUUUGGCUGAAAUAUUGGCAGUGCAUAUGUUGGAUGUUGAUGAUACAACACUUUUCCUGAAAGAUUUAUAUGAGAAGGUUGCAGAAGGAAAGAGUGGGUGCUGUUGGGAGACUUUUGAGGUUUACAGACACCUAAAAUCCCUUGGGUACAUUGUUGGUCGGUAUGUGUCCCUUGGACCAUGA